AUGCCUUCACAAUCUCAUGCGGAACCGUCGCCGCCCUUACUCAAGAGCGGCCAGGGGUUUGGGCCCCGAAGCGACUCUGCCGUUGAUAUGGAGGCCAACGCAGGCCGCUCGGAUGCAGCCUCGCAGUCCAAUCUCGACCAUGAAUACUCAAUACCGUCAACGGUCAAGUUUACGUGGCUAGGCACAUACUUUUUGCUGUCAUUGCUACUCACCAUCUAUAACAAACUCGUCUUGGGCGUGUUCAAAUUUCCAUGGCUCUUGACCUUUCUUCAUACCUCGAUUUCCGCCCUCGGUACCUACGGCAUGAUGCACAUGGGCUACUUUAAACUCUCUCGUUUGGGACGUCGAGAAAACUUGGCCCUUCUCGCCUUUAGCGCACUCUUUACUGCCAACAUUGCCCUGUCGAACCUGUCGCUUGCCAUGGUUUCGGUCCCCUUUUACCAGACCAUGCGCAUGCUUUGCCCCAUCUUCACCCUUCUCAUCUUCCGUGCCUGGUACGGCCGCACCUACAGCACGCUCACUUACUUGUCUUUGGCUCCCUUGAUCAUCGGUGCCACUAUGACUACUGCAGGCGAGAUGAAGUUUUCAGACGCCGGAUUCCUGCUGACAAUACUCGGCGUCAUCUUUGCUGCCCUCAAGACUAUCGUCACAAAUCGCUUCAUGACAGGCUCCCUUGCGCUUCCACCGGUCGAAUUUCUUAUCCGAAUGUCCCCCAUGGCUGCUGUGCAAGCGUUGAUCUGCGCAUUUGCUACCGGCGAGGUGGACGGCUUCCGCACGGCCCUUGCUAACUCGGAAAUGUCGUCCUUUGCUACAUUGGCCGCUUUGCUGGGCAAUGGAUUCCUUGCCUUUUUGCUAAACAUUUCGUCAUUUAAUACCAACAAACUCGCUGGUGCAUUGACAAUGACAGUGUGUGGUAACCUCAAGCAAUGCUUGACUGUUCUUCUGGGCAUUUUCAUCUUCAACGUUGAAGUUGACCUGCUCAAGGGUGCCGGUAUGGCUGUUACAAUGCUCGGCGCGGCUAUUUACAGCAAAGCCGAGCUCGAUAACAAGAAGAAGCAACAGUCCGGCUACAAGAAGAUUCCUCAAUGA